GUUCCAGGGGGCCCGCGAUGACAGGAACAAGGACAAAGGCUACAAGGCGAAGUUGGCCAUCCGCGGGAACCACACGACGGUGCACGAGACGGAGGUGGCCAGCGGUAAGCGUGAGCCUUAUAAGAAGAAGCCGGGUACAGAGGCCGCUGGCUCGAACAAGCCAUCGAGGGUGCAUGGUCCAGUAUUGCACUGGGUCGGCGUGGCUACUUCUGAAAAGAGGUGCCAGGGCGCAGAGCCCAAACACAGGCCUAGGAGAAAGCAGGACACCAGGAGCAGCAACAGUUCAGACAGAGUCGAGAAAAUCAAGCUCACGGCCAACACCUUUGAUGACGGGCGCGACGUCGAAACUAGAGUGCCCGCGGCCAGAAUGGCGCGGCACAUGCAGAGACGUGUUGAGGACGAUCGCAAGCACAUCUGGUUUAAGAACGGCUCUUGCCGGCACAUCGUGGAGGUCGACAAUUGCGUCGUCACGCUGAGGCUGGCUACGAAGCUUGCGGUCCGUGACGUGGACACGGGGGACAUCGUUGCGACGAUCGCGAAGAUUCUCAACGCGAGCGCAAGCGAAGGUAACGACUACAAGGAGGUUGUGGACAACUGCGAGCAGAAGGUUAACGACCACAAGGAGGAGCUGCAGGAGCAGGUGCAGGUACUCGAGGCGAGGGAGAAUAGCCUGGGGGAGAAGGUGGUCGGCGAGCCGACUUCAGCAGAUAUCAUGGGCCGGCUCCAGCAGAGACGGCAACAGGACGGUAGAUUUACGAUGACCCAGCCGCGCUCGAAGAUGAGCGACAUCGAGAAGAAGGAGAUGCACCGCGACAUGUACCAGGGCCAGGAUCAGCUGGGCAAGCUGGGUUUUAGCUACGAGCGCAUCCCGCGGCAGGAGUGCUUCAAGUUUGGACCGGGGGAACCCAUUUUGAGCUUAUGCACGUGGCGGUGUCCUGUCGGUGUUGAUGAUAGUCUCUCUUACCUCACGAUUGUGGAGGUUGCAGCGGACGUUGCUGGACUGAUUGGGCCGGGCGAGAUGGCCGAGUGGGACGCGAGCAUCAGUUUCCGCGACGGUACGUUUUACGCAAACGGUGCGAAGUCUAACUUGAUACCCUCGGCGAGUGGACAUCCGCGCGUCUCGCUCCUGGACUUCCCAGUGGAACCUCCUGCCACGCCUUGCGCGGUAAUGGCCACUACGGCCGGAGCCCCCGAAGACGACGCGCCAGAGUUAGACGAGCUGGGCGACGAUAUGUUCAGUUCCGAUGGCUCUGAGGCAGAGCAGAGCGAGGGCGACGCGAGCGAGGGCGACGUUUUCAUGGGGGACGUCGAGACAGAGGCGGUGAUGUCCAAGGGGGCUAGGAGGCAUGUUAGGAGUAACAUCAAGGAGCUGCACGCCGCUAUGUGCACAGAGUCAGCUCGCUGGCAGGCGUUGCCACUCCAGGCCACGAGGGGACGAUCCGAGUACGUGGAGGUGGUGACGGACGCGCUUCGCCAUGACCCUCAACAUCCAGACAGCGGUGAGCAUCUUAAGAUACCUACCCCGGUCUUGGCGAAUCCCGAGAUCUGCGACGCCGUUAGGGGGUCCCGCGAUAACGACCACCAGCGCGAGAGCAUUAAGGACCGCGUUACGACGACGAAGGACGACGCUUACAUAUCGAUGUGCCUAUCGAGUUUGGCUGGUGGCUACACCGAGGAGGCGGCGAAGAACAUCCCUACAGGAGCUCUUGAUUUUCUCACCCGCAAUUGCGUCAACGUCUUCCCCUCCGACCCGCCCGAGCCGGCCUUUAUCGGCGACCGGGGCAGGAAGUGUUUGGAGGGCAUGACGCAGGUGGAGUACAGCCAGCAUGCCCUGAACCUGCACAAGUGCCCCGAGGCGCUGCGGAACCACGUCCUCCCCUCGAUCCCGAAGGAGGGUAUCCAGUGGACACGUGGGAUGAAGGAUGCCGCUGGUUACCGUUUUGCGAAGCAGUGCGUGCCAGGACCGGGCAAGGUCAACAGUAUCACCGGCUGGGACAACACGAGCUGGGACGAGGGCGCCGAUUGGAACGGACGGGGCCCCAGCAACAUCGACGAGAAGGAGCAGAGUAACGCCCGGACCCGCGAGGAUGCCAGCGCGGUCGGAACCGACGCCGCGACGUGCCUGGGGCGCGAAGGCGCUGCGUGGAUCUUCGCCAUCGGCGUGCCAAGCGGCCCGAGCGGCGCGAGAGUCGGAGACGUGGUGGACCUCAUGGACCGCGUGGUUGGGGCUUCAGUGGCGAACGAGAUGAUCCUCAAGCGCUGCGGCGACAAGCGGGUGAACCUCAGGAGUUGGGUGGAGCUGCCGCCUGACGGCUCGAUGGGCCCGCCCGCGACCGCGCGGGAUUCGAGGAUGUGUCGAUCGCGGCCUGGGCUAAUGCGGAUGUCCGGCCUGUGCUUCCUGCGCGCGACCGUCUUGAGCUGCGUCGGCGCCGAGAGCGGCGCGGGCGGCCUGCUCGUCGACGACGUGGGGGCUGCCCCUUCCAGGGCGCUUCAUCGCGACGCAGGCCUGGGCGACAGGCGCGAGAGUGCCAGGGAGGUGGGAGGUGUGCCUGUGGCCCAGGUCGGCGGCGUGUUUGUCGAGGCGCGUUAUGGCGAGAGAGCGCGCCCAGUCAUGGGCGCGAUCGACAAGGUGUGCCACGCGACGGCCUCGAUCUGGUGCGAGGCCAAGGGGGGCGGGGGCCCGUGCGCGGUGGAGAGUGUCAAACGGUGCGUGGAGAAGCUCGGAUUCGAGAAGGUCACCACCCAGUGCGACCCAGAGAGUGCUGCGAAGGACGUGGUUAUGAAGGUCGCCGUCGACUUGGUCAUGACCUUCGGGGCGACCCCGAAGGCGAGCCGGGGCUGCAACGGUGCGGUGGACAAGUUCCACUCGUUUGUCGAGGGCGUGACGAGGGCUUGGAGGUGCCGAGACACUGAGGCCCCCCCCCUUGGCGAGGCGAUCAUGUGGAGGCAGGCUGGGCCCAUCGUCCGCGAGAUCGAGACCGCGCGGGUGGCGAUGCCCGCAUCUGCGGCGCCGAGCGCGGCGCCGUGGUCGCGAGUUCCGUGCGGGGGCUCGGUGGGCGAGCGCCGCGACAGGCAGCUGCUGCUGGCGAUGGAGGGUAUCUCGAGCCGCGCGAAUGCACCAAAUGUGACGGCGCCAGUGACGGACCGACCCGCCGGCGACUUCGACCCCCCGCAGUCGCCCAGGCGAAGCGUGCAGCGGCUGAGGGGCCUGAGGGCUCGGCUGGUAAGCGGGCCAGCGAAGGCAGCGCUCCGAUUUCAGCAGUUCCUGGGGCGCGUCGUGACUGGCUUCGGCCUCCUCGAGGUCCGCGUGGCGGAGCCCGCCAUCUGCCGCAGCGAUGGGAAGGGCGUUCGGGUCGUGGUCCACGCGGGCGAUCCUCCCGGCGCUGGCCAUGCGCGAGGUGUGCUCGACGAGUUGUUCGACGAGCUGGUCGAGCAUCUCGCAAUCGAGGAGCGGCGCGUCCUGGGGGGCAGCCCCGCGUUAUACCUCGGCUCGUCGAUGCAGCGAUGCCGUGGCGCGGUCGUGGAGAGGAGCAAGCCAUUGUGUGUUGAGAGCAUCCUCGAUGCCGCGGGGAUGCUGGGCUGCCGGCCUGCGGGCGCGGCGGGGGCUCGAGCUGACCUCGCCUUGCCUGUGGCCGAGCAGCCGCCCAACGGCGAGGCGCGCUCGCUGUGCUGGAUGUGCUGCGGGAAGAGCCAGUGCGCGGUCCCGCGGCGGCUGGGCGUGCCGCGCCCGCUGAUGGAGCUGGGUCGACGGCCGGGCGAGCCGCGUGCAGCCGACAUGAUGUCUUUGGGGCACCUCCUCUGCUACCUCAGUGGGGCGAUGGUCUUGGCGAUGGCCCGCCGGUCCGCGAAGUGCUGGGGGCGCCGGCGGGGAAGCGCGGCCUCCGACUGGGCUGGCUGCCGCGAGGCCCGAGAGUCGACGGCGCGCGGGAUCGCGCGGUGGCGCAGCGCGGCCAUCCGCGCGCGCGCCCGCGCCGAGUCGGUGCUCCCCCAGUCGAGGCCAGAGGCCGAGUGCCUGGCAGUGGUGGAGUUGGCGGCGGAGAUGCUGUGCGUGCAGGAGCGCAUCGCGUUCGUGGAGUUCGACGUGGCGCUGGAGAUCGACUGCGGCGCUUCCUCCGCCAUCGCGAUCGCCUCGCGGCGAGAAAACGGGAGGCUGCGCCACUUGGAAGUGACGUGGCUGUGGCUUCAGCAGCUGGUCGGAAGCGGCCAGAUCAGGAUCGCGAAGAAAUGCGAGUUCAUGCUCGGACUGUGCCUCGCUGGCGCGCUCUGCGCGGGCGUUGUUGCUGCCCUGGCGAGGAGUGCGCGAUGCUUUGCGACGUUCGUGUUGCCGGUGAACGGAGUGCGGCCCCGGGCAGAUGCUCCUGGCCACCGUUGGGCCCUGCGCAAGUUGAUCUUGUUGGCCUGGUCGGCGUUCUGCGUGACGCUGGGGGUCGUGAUCCCUGUGCGCUGCCACUACCUACUCGGGCAGCGUCCCGCGGGGACAAG